UGUUGAUUCGAAGAACGUUGUCAAUGGCAAUUUCUCUGGCAACAGUAAUCCCGUUCUCUUCGCGAGCUACAAAACUUGUUCGCGUUCACAGGUACAUUAGUUUUCCUCACUCAUCUUCCCUUUGCCCACGAAGCCUUGUUUUACUCUCCUGCUCUGGCUUCUCUUCCUCCAUUUCUGCUAGAGAAACCGACCAGGUUCUUGAAGAGUCGGCGAAAAAUGGUAAUCUGAAACCUGGUCUUUAUCUGGUAGGAACACCAAUUGGAAAUCUUGAAGAUAUUACCUUUAGGGCUCUCCGCGUAUUAAAGUCAGCAGAUGUGAUACUUUCAGAAGAUACUAGGCAUUCUGGAAAGCUGCUUCACUACUACAAUAUCAAAAAACCCCUUAUGAGUUAUCACAAAUUCAAUGAAUCACAAAGGGAACAGGUAGUGUUGAAGAGGUUGAGGCAGGGUGAGAUUGUUGCACUAAUAAGUGAUGCCGGCACGCCAGGGAUUAGUGAUCCUGGUAUGGAAUUGGCCAAAUUAUGUGUUAAUGAAAAUAUCCUUGUUGUCCCAAUCCCCGGGCCCUGUGCUUUGGUAUCAGCUCUCUCCGCCUCAGGAUUAGCUGCUGAUGAAUUUACUUUUGUUGGUUUUCUUCCAAAGCAUUCUGGAUCUAGAAGAAAGAGACUUAUGGUUUCAGCAGAUGAAGCAACUACACAAAUAUUUUAUGUUCCUCCUCACAAGCUUUCCCAAUUUCUUGAAGAAAGUGCUUCAUCUUUUGGCGAUACAAGGCAAUGUGUUAUUGCUCGGGAGAUGACCAAGUUACAUGAAGAGUUUUGGCGUGGUGCUCUUGGUGAAGCCAAGAAAGCAUUUUCAUUGCAUCAACCAAAGGGAGAACUUACCAUAUUGAUUGAAGGGCGCACAAAGUCUAAAGUUGAACCACCAUCAGAGAUUCAGCUUGAGAAUGAAAUGAGAGAUUUAAUUUCACAAGGCGAGAGUCUUUCCAUGGCCGUCAAGUUGGUAGCUGAUGGAACGUCAGCGAGUAGAAAAACUGUAUAUUCUCUUGCAUUAAAAAAAUUUGGGAAGCAAUUGGAAGUGGAAGAUGGCUCAAAGUAAAGCAGAGUACUCAUUUCCUAAUGAACAGAAAAGUGGGAUUACUUUAAUGUCUAGAGAAAUGGUUUCCUGUUGGGGCACUAUUGCGGAUUAUAGGAAGAAUACUGGUUGCUGCAUUUGUUGUCGAAGAAUAUUGUUGCAUUGGCUCAUCAAAGUUCUAAUCAUUCUCUCUCGCCAAUAGAAUAACAAAAUGUCUGCAAAUCUACAGUCUGGGUAGCGGCGGAUUGGGCUGUUGGAGCAUUCUAGAGGAGAAAAUGCUCUUCUUGUAUGUCAUCUCCAUUGUCGAUUGGAAAAAAAAAAAAAGUACUAAAAAAGAUCGUCAUUAUAUUUUGUACCUGAUCUUCCCUGGCCUUUCGUCAUUGGAUAGGGGCUUUGGAUUUUGCUGAGGCUUAUUGUGAACAUGGAUCUGGCAGUUGUAUUAGCGAGCCUUUUUCAUCUGUUGCCUGUAAAUAUACUGACUCAUUUUGUUGAAUCUUUCUUAUGUUCCAGUUUUAGGUCAAGCCAUGAGGAGUGGAAGAUCAUAUAAUAUGCUUCUCAGCUCCCCAAUACCGGGGAAGGCUUGGUAAUUUGAUAACCAUCUUGACUUGGCUUUUAGUUUCUGUAGCGUGUCGGAUACAGCAAAUUAAAUGUAGGUUUUUGAUGGUGGCGAUAUCAUUAUUUUUGCAUUCUAGUUCAUUUUAGUUUUAGGUUGCUGAAGAGCUACUCUUACCAAUUAAUCUAAAAUAUCUUGAACCAUGUACAUAGAUUUGCUAUGGAGACGAAACAGGACUGGUCGGUGAAAAAGUUAAAAACUUGAAAUCCAAGAGACAGGAUUGCAGAAAGGGACUAGCGUUAAUAUUGACUAGCAUUAAGUGCCCCUUAUACUAGCUCAUGCGGAAUCCUAUGUACAAGGAGUAUGAAAUAGGAAAGAAGAGGGAAAAACUUAGAAAGGAAAGGGUACAGGUAGUGAAAAAUUGUGAAAGGAACUGGAAGCAAGAGCACGAGGAGCUGCAUUGUAGGGACACAGGGAGAGCGAAUCAGAAGGGGCGGUCGGGAUCACGGACACUGCAAAACGACAUGUCAUAUGCACAAAAUGCAAGCUAGCUGCAUCCACCUUCUGCCCAGAUAGCAACUCCUCAACAACGGCACUACUUUCUAAUCACGCUCAUAUCCUUGUACUGAAUCUUGCCUUUUAACUUUUCUGCACAAAGUUGGAGAUGCUAGUGGAAGGCUCAAAAAUACGCUGGCCUGUGGCCAAGAUGAAGCCAGGAUCGAAUUGCAUCUUCCUUUGAUAAAAUUGGUCCCAUUUGUCCCCAAAGUGGUCCUUCCACUCGUGUCGCUUUGUGUAAUGUGGAAGGUACUGUUUCA